CUAUGGCGAUUUGGCGAUAAGAAUUGACCAAGAUACGUUUAGUUGUUCAUGGCCGCUAUGGCCUCUACACAAUUAUCGUUUGAUUAUAUUUCUCCCCCUUUCACUUAUCCUUCUUCAAAACCACUUCAACUUCCCAUUCCAUUACCCAAAAUUCAAUCUUUGCACAACUUUAGAGCUAAAAAUAUCAGAAUUUACUGUUCUUCCCAAACAAUUCAUUCAGAUAAAGAAAAUCAAACCAAUCAGUCAAAAAAGAAGCAAAAACCCAGACCAAGCUUUCUUGAACAAGUUCAAAAUAAAUGGUCUGUUAAAACCACUUCAUUAAGGGAAAAAUUCCCUUGGCAAGAACUAAAUUCAGUAUCAAUAGAAGAAGUUGCAGAACAAGACCUCCAGUUUUCUGUGGCAAAAACUGAAGAAAAUCCAGUAGUAAAUGAGUCAGUGAGUUCUGGUUCAAGAAUUAAGGUAAAUUUAGCUCCUUGGGUUCAUGGAAAUCAACCCAAAAAAUCUCAACUUGAUUCUUUUGAGGCUAGAAAUUUUGAAAAGAAUGCUAAUUGGGAAAAUAAUGUUUCUCAAGAAUUGGAUAUUGAACCAGGAAAGGAUGAAAAAGAUAUCAAACUGGAAACAAAGGUUUUACAUAGAUAUGAGGUUCAAGACAAUAAAGGUGGUUCCUUUACUGAGAGUUCCUCUAAAAAUUCAGUUAGAUUGCCAUGGCAAGGUGAGAGAGAUGUGGGACCCGUAGGGGGAGACAAGCUGAGAAAAAGCAAUGCAGAAAUGGCAGAGAAAAUGAUACCUGAGCCUCAACUGAAGAAGCUAAGAAAUGCAGCAUUGAGGAUGGUGGAGAGAAUAAAGGUUGGAUCAGCUGGUAUAACACAGGAACUAGUUGACUCAAUUCAUGAGAAGUGGAAAGUGGAUGAGAUUGUUAAAUUGAGAUUUGAAGGUCCUCCUUCACAUAAUAUGAAGAGGACUCAUGAGAUUCUAGAGCAUAGAACUGGAGGAUUAGUGAUCUGGAGAUCAGGCAGUUCCAUAGUGUUAUACAGAGGAAUAUCAUACAAGCUUCCUUGUGUACAAUCUUUUACGACAAGAAACGACGAUAUUGACGAAUCAGAGUCUUCAAAGAAUGCUAACGGUCAAAGCUUUGGAGUCAAAUCCUUAAAUGAAGCUACUGAAAGACCGAGAAAUGGUUUCAGUAAUCUGUCUGGUGCAGAAAUAAUGGAUUUAAGCGAGCUCAACAUGCUGCUAGAUGAAGUUGGUCCACGAUUCAAAGAUUGGUCAGGUCGUGAACCACUGCCUGUUGAUGCUGAUCUGUUGCCUGCUGUUGUUCCUGGCUAUAGACCUACUUUUCGGCGUCUUCCUUAUGGAGCUAAACUCAACCUAAAAAACAAAGAAAUGACGUACCUGCGCAGAACUGCGAGAAUUAUGCCCCCUCAUUUUGCUUUAGGAAGGAACAGAGAACUGCAAGGUUUAGCCGCAGCCAUGGCGAAGCUAUGGAGAAGAAAUGCUAUUGCGAAGAUAGCGAUAAAACGUGGUGUGCACAAUACAAGCAAUGAAAGAAUGGCAGAAGAACUUAAGGUAUUGACUGGAGGGACGCUGGUCUCCAGGAAUAAGGAUUAUAUUGUCUUUUACAGGGGUAAUGAUUUCUUGCCACCUCGUGUCACGGAAGCCCUAGUAGAAGCAGAGAGCAAAAGUGCUUUCUUACAUGAUCAAGAAGAACAAGCACGGCAAAGAGCAGCAACCCUUAUUCAUUCUGAUACUAAAGCUCCUAAAAGGCCAUUGAUUGCUGGAACUCUUUCUGAAACUAUAGCAGCCACCUCACGCUGGGGAAACCAACCUAGUAUUGAAGAGAGGGAGAAAAUGAUGAGAGACGCUGCUGUAGCAAGGCAUGCUUCUCUUGUCAAGCAUCUUGAACAGAAGCUAGCCCAUGCAAAAGGCAAGAUCAAAAAGGCAGAAAAUAUGUUACGGAAAUUGCAGGAAAAUCGGGAACCAUCUGAGCUGCCAACUGAUUUGGAAAUAUUAUCUGCUGAGGAAAGGUUUCUGUUUCGUAAGAUGGGUCUCAGCAUGAAACCUUUUCUGCUUCUAGGGAGGCGAGAUGUUUUUGAUGGAACUAUAGAGAACAUACAUUUACAUUGGAAAUACCGGGAGCUAGUAAAGAUCAUUGCAGAGAGGAGAAAUGCAGCACAAAUAAAACACAUUGCAGUUACUCUUGAGGCUGAAAGUGGUGGUCUUUUGGUAUCUAUAGACAAGACUACCCAAGGCUACGCAAUUAUACUCUAUCGUGGGAAAAAUUACCAGCGUCCUAGUGAAUUCAGGCCCAAAAAUCUUUUGACUAAGAGGCAGGCUUUGACCCGUUCAAUUGAACUUCAGAGACGUGAGGCACUAAAGCAUCAUAUAACGGAGUUGCAGGAUAAGCUUCAGAAUUUGAAGUCUGAUCUAGAAGAUAUGAACAUGGUUGAGGAGAUUGAUGAGGAGACCUUAUACUCGAGAUUAGAUCCAUCUGAUGAUGAGGAUGACAUGGAAGAGAAUUUCGAGGAGAAAGAUCAGAACUAGUAAUAGCCGAAUGCUAUUGAGGAUGGUGUUGCUCUGUUGCUCAACUGAGGGUACGGGUAAGAUAUGGAUAUAAGGUGUCAGCACAUCUGAAGCAGAAGAUGUUUCUUUGCGCGCUUUUGUCACUGGAAUUGUUGGGUUAUCGCCAUAGGAUUUAGUGGAAAUUAAUCCUUCUUUCUUUGAGUAAAUAACUCAACAUUCAACCAAGUGCACUGUACAACCUUUUUGGAGCAUAGGGGCCAGGAAAUAAUAUUAGAUUAAUUCUAGGAAAUAUGUAUAUAAAACAUCUAGUUUAGCGGAAAGACCAUGGGUUCACGUGCACCAUAAUUUAAGCCUAAAUUUGCCCCUGGUUAUCACUAAACUUUUAUUUCAUUAAACAGUAGAUCCGUCUACAUUAUACAGGUGCAGACGAUCCUUCUAUGAACUAGUUUGUGAAAUCGCUUAUCACGCAAAAAAGAAAAGAAUCUUUUGGUGAUAUGUGAACUUAUCUAGUAAGCUCUAUGACAAUAAACCGGGACUGGCUAGUUUCAUUUCUGUGUUUGAAGUGAUAACUGUAACGAAUACAUUGUCGGGCUCUUACUUUUUCUAACAACUUUUAUGUUAGAGUUGUGACCCUUUUAUUUAUUUGUUUUUAAAGUGUUUCUUUUGCAUCAUCUGUUAUGUGAACAAUUGCCGCCUACAUUCCGGUGAGUUAAGUCUUCUGUUUCUGCAUAACCUUUUCGUCGUGCUAGUUUUCUUAGACACUUUAAUCAACUGUGACUGCCAAAAGCUUUCCAACUCAUAUUAUUUAUAAUUUUAUGGGUUAUUUCUCCAGAGGAACAACAUUUUUUCCAUUCAGGGUGAAGCAAAGGUGUACCUGCAGAGGGAGUAGAGUAGCAGUGAAGGAGUGGUAUUCAUGUCGAUGUCUCAUUAUAUCCCUACCAACUAGUUCAAUCUUCCAGAAAGCAAUUUACAGAAACGUGUAUUUUCCAGGAUAUCACCAUGAUAUGUUAUCAUUGGUAAAAUUUGCCAGUUCUUAUUUUAGCUGGGAGGCCUUGUAUAUAUAAGACAUUUUUUACUGCUCUGUAUAAUACAGCGGUCCGUAAAUGUGAAUAACGUUUUUAGCCUGAAAGUAAAAUAUAUUGUUAUUGU